AUGGUCAUUUUCGUCGGCCUCAUCAUCCCACUCCCGUUCACUGUGAAACGGAAACUAUUUACUUUUAUCUCCGAGAGUCCCCUCAUAGCGAAGCUCCAAUAUGGCAUGAAGAUUACCUUCAUCUUUAUCCUUAUCCUCUUCAUUGACAGCGUCAAUAGAGUCUACCGCGUGCAGAUGGAAUUAUCGUCCUAUUCAAAAGAGCUGGGUGGAGCGGGAACUGCUGCCUUAGGCUCCGAGCGAAUGGAAGUCCAGGCGCGCAAAUUCUACUCCCAGCGCAAUAUGUACCUCUGCGGUUUUACCUUAUUUCUCUCCCUUAUUCUUAACCGCACGUACAUCAUGAUUCUCGAAGUUCUACGUCUAGAGGAUAAAGUUAAGCUGUAUGAAGGUGACAAGAAUUCUGGCGGCAAGGAAUCGGCCAAAUUGACAGAGGCGGGCAAGGCGGGUGAAAUUGGCCGUUUGCGAAAGGAACUUGAGGCUCGCGAGAGAGAUAUCGAGGCUCUGAAGAAGCAGUCUGAAGGUUUGUCGCGGGAGUAUGCCAACUUGAGUGAUCAGAUUUCAAAACGCAACGUGGAUCCAACCCCGAAAAAAGAUCGGUAA